CAAAAUGACGACAAAUGAACACGUGACUUGUAUGUGGGAACAACGCUCAUCUGGUCACACCUUAGAGGAAAAGUACCUGUUGCUACUACAACCUUUCUACCAUGGGUGCCAGGUUGACUAUUUGGCCGACGCCAGCGGAAGGACGCCAAGACGUUCCAUGGGACGCCCUCCCACAGGAGGCACUAGCCAAAAUAUUCAGUUACCUGUGUGAUGGGGACAGGUGUCAAGCGUCCCUGGCCUGUAAGGCCUGGCACACAGUUUUUCGAAUGGCCUGCCUCUGGCGUCGCCGCACUUUUGUGUUUCCAGGAAGCAAGACGCAGCAGGUCUGUAAUGACGGCUUCCUCCGCGAGCACGGACAGCACGUGCAGCAUGUGAUUCUGGAGUUUGAAUUUCAGAACAAAGCGGCUCUACAGUGCUUCCAAGCGUUCAUCGACACAGCGAAUGAUUGCGCUGCUUUUCGAUCAAUCAAGGUUCGGCACCUUUGCUUCUCCUACCUGCCUAAGAGAUGGACCGCUUAUCGACCAAAGAUCGUGCAAGCCCUGUGUUUGCUGCUGAAACGGCAACCGAUGCUGCAAGAGGCCGACUUUUACUUCUGCCAGUUCACACACAACGAGGGUCUGCAGGUGCUGAAGGCUCUCACUGGUGACCUGCGCUUGAUGACCAGGCCGAAUCUCAUCAACCUCAACCUGGAAGCGUUCUUCCAGGCGCGGACACAUUACAUCAGCUUGAGGACCUUCACCGAGGUCAUGGGUCGCUUUACCUCGCUCGCUUUCCUGCGUGUGGACCAGCACUACCUGUGUGAGGCCGUGCUGGACAAGCUCAUCACCGGCUGCGCACAAACGUUGCGCCACCUGGACAUUGUGAUGGACACGACGGUGGUGCACGCCAUCGACUCGCACACCUGGUCGCUCGCUGUCCAGCGGUAUCCGUCACUAACUGUCUCAGUGAGGUUAUAUGAUGUAUACACCUUGGAGGAGUACUCUCGUGUGCUCGUGGAGUCAAUGCCUUUGACCAGAGUGAGCUUUUGGGACAUGAGCUGGAUGCGUGACAUAACGUUUGCUGACGUGGCGCGUUUCCUCGGAUAUGUCUCUGACAUUUUCUUCAACACCAUCGAGGUAGUGGGAGUAAGUGAUAAUAGGUGCCUGACGUUGGGCUUGGAGGCUGAGGGAUACCUGGAAAUGGAAAUAGCACUAUUCAACCUCAUCGAGAGAUGUGUACCACUAAAUCGACUUUUUCUGUCCAUGCCACUGAAGCCAGAGACACUGGACAAACUGUCACGUGUUGUAGCCGCCCGCGCACAGAAUGAAAUGAAACGACUGGAGGUGACGGUUGUUGAUGAAGACAUGUCACCAGAAUAUAUCGAGGAACGAUGGCCGAGACUGUGUGCCUUAAGCUUUGAUGACCUUCUUUUCGACGAUUUUUAAAAUUUUUUAAUAACUUAUUAUUGCCUCGUUAGUUUUACUAACGAUCGUGAACAAAACUAAAUAUUUGAAAUCACAACUUCUGAAUCAAUCUUUUUCUGUCUUUUUUUAGUCUGUUUUUAAAAGCAAAACUUAAAUGGCGGAUGAAGUCGUCUACUUUAUACUGGAGAUGACAGCAAGUUUAUUUUUCACACUUGAACCGUUCUUCGACCUGCUGCUGCUGCUAAUGAUGAUGAUGAUCAUGAUGAUGAUUGAUAAUAGAUGAUGAUGGUAAUGAUGAUGAUGAAAUUUAUAUAUCACCAGACCAAAAGAACGAGACAUCUGUAAAUAC